AUGUCGCUGACAGAAUCGACACCCGAGUCGGCGGCGCGAGCGGCCUCCAUCGCCGCACGCACACUGGCCGUCCUCCCUGUUUCAGCACGGAACUCAGCCCUGACAACCCUCCACGACGCCCUGUUAGCAAACAGAGAAACCAUCCUAGCCGCCAACGCAGAAGACAUGGCUCGGGCCACUGAGGCAUCUCAAUCCGGCCAUUUGAGCUCUAGCGUCUUGAAACGACUCGACCUAUCCCGCCCCGGCAAAUUCGCCGACAUGAUCGCUGGAAUCCUCAACGUGCGCGAUCUCGACGACCCGAUCGGCAAAGUCGACCUGCGCACUUUACUAGACGACGGACUGAUCCUGGAACGUGUAUCAUGUCCGAUCGGAGUGUUAUUGAUCAUCUUCGAAGCACGUCCCGAAGUGAUUGCCAACAUUGCCGCUUUGGCAAUCAAAUCGGGCAACGCGGCCAUUCUCAAGGGCGGCAAAGAAAGCUCCGCAUCCUUUGAGACGAUUGCCAAGAUCAUCGGGGACGCAUUGAACAAAACUCAAGUCCCCAACGCGGCGAUUCAGCUCGUCAAGACGAGAGACGUGAUUGAUGAGUUGCUAGGUCUGGAUCGAUACAUUGAUCUCGUGAUUCCAAGGGGUGGUAAUGAAUUGGUGCGCUAUGUCAAAGAACAUACUAAGAUUCCUGUCCUGGGCCAUGCGGAUGGAUUGUGCAGUAUCUAUUUGCACAGUGAUGCUGAGAAGGUGAAGGAUCUGGCUGUGAAAGUGGUGGUUGAUGCCAAGUGCGAUUAUCCUGCUGCUUGUAAUGCGGUGGAAACAUUGCUGGUGCAUGAAAAUGUCUUGAGGACCGUGUUGCCGGAUGUGGCGGAGGCGUUGUUGGCGAAGGGGGUUUCGUUGCGGUGUGAUGAGAAGAGUAAGGCUGCGUUGGAGGAUGUUUUGUCUGCUCGAUCUUCGGUGGGAAAGGUUUUGUUGCAAGAGGCAACGGAGGAGGAUUAUAAUACUGAGUUUUUGGAUUUGGUGUUGGCUGUCAAGACUGUGCCGGCGACGACGGUGGUCAAAGCUACGACUACGACUAAUGGCCAUGAUGGGGAGGCAGCGACUGAUGAUGAGGACCAGAGUCUCGAUCUGGCAAUCGCACAUAUCAACACCCACGGCUCCAAACACACCGAUUGUAUCGUGACUGCCUCGGAGGCGGCCGCGGAAAAGUUCAUGUCCGCCGUCGAUUCUGCAGGUGUCUAUUGGAAUGCCUCGACGAGGUUCGCUGAUGGCAUGCGCUACGGUUUUGGCACCGAGGUGGGGAUUAGUACGAAUAAGAUCCAUUCGAGGGGUCCCGUCGGCCUGGAGGGGUUGACGAUUUACAAGUAUAAGUUGAGAGGACAUGGUCAGGUGGCGGGUGAUUAUGGGGAAGGGAAGGGGAAGAGGAGGUUUAAGCAUGAGAGGAUUGAUUAG